AAAACUAAUAAACGCUACAAAUAUCAAUGAACCUAAUUCUAAAAACUGCGAAAACAGUAUACAAGAAAAAGAACAGCUAUUGACUCAAACUAACAAAACGAACACCUAGUUUUCAGUUACCAACCGAUCUCCUAAUAGCUUUUAUAAAUUCCCAAUUUAUUUUCCCUUUCUUUUUCAUUUCAUUUCAUUUUCUCAAUCGAUCUCGCUCAAUCUCGUAGAGAAACCUUACAUACUAAACCACAGAGAGCUGCAUCAAAUUUUGUCUUUUUGUCGUGUACCUCUCAUACACGCAUACACUCACGUAUUAUACAAGUAUACGUAAACUUAUAUAUAUAUGGCUCCACGUUUGGCUUUCAUAUUCCUUCUCAUAGGUUUUGCUUUAGCCGGUGGAAGUUACGCGGCCGAUUCAUCUUCACCUUCUCCACCGACCACAACGUCAACCACCACUGUAAAAUCCCCCCCAGUGACUCCCGUCGGGAAUAACUCAACGGACGGUACAGAUUACUCAGAUUACGAAGUCCCUGUAGAUCUUGCGCCGGGAGGAGUCGAGGUCGUGGAAGAUUAUGCGCCGUUCGAUACUGGUAUAGGAGUUGAUGAGCUUUCACAACCUGAAGAGGAUUUAAAAAGUAAGGGAGAUCCCGAGGCUACGAACUCGGCUUCUUCUUUUUCUUCUCCAUCCUACUUUUUCUUUGUUGUUGUUGCUGGAUUAUUUUUAUUUUGAGGCUUCGAAACGGUGUCGCUCUCAUCUCACAUUAGGCUAAUCAUUUAAUUCCUCUGUUUCACUAGUAUCAUUUUAUCUUUUAAAAUUUGUUUUAUCGUUAAACGUUUUCAGUGCACAUAUUUAAUAAAUUUUACAAGUUUUACCUCUA